CCUCGCGGGCCUCGCUUGCAGGCGUCCGCCUGCCAGGCGGGCGCGGGCUUCGGGGUUCGUGGCCGCGGCGGCGGGGGCGAGAGCCUUUUACCAGGAAGGGGCGGAGGGAGGUGGCCUCUGGUCGAUCCCCCCUCCGCAGUCGCCCACUCGGGGUGCCCUGGCCCGGCAGGACUGCCGCUCAUCCUCGAGGCCUGCGGGGGCCCUCUUGACUUCUGGGCCGCCCGUCGGGUCGUGCGCCCAUCUUUCGUCCUCCCAGUUCGCACCCGAGCCCCGCUUGUGUCCCACCUGACAACUUUUGGACUCACGGAAUCGCAGGGCCACUCACCCUAAUCCCUAAACACCGCUGCUGUGCCACGCCUCGGGUUGGCAUUGCCAGCUGCCUUGGGCUCCAUCCACUCAAACUCUUCCAGCCGCACACAGAGACGGUGGCAUCAGAGCCCAAGCCCUGUACCAGCGACUCCAGGCGGCCCGCCCUGCUACAAGGACUGGGCGUGGGUACACGGCCCCCAGCCUCCCUUCUGGACCACUUCUCAGCACCACGGUGCCUGCCUCUUCCCCCUGCACUUGACCUCUCCCACCCUCCCUGCCUGUCCUGCCUCAGCCUUCUGCCAUAAGACGCAGGCUGGACCAGGCCUCCAGGGGAGAGCCCUGCCCUUGAGGCAGGCAGCACGGAACCAGCACGGCCCAUGGACCCUUCUCAGGAGGAGCCCACAGCGCCGACAGGGGCACUCUCUUGAGCUGCAGAGGGCUGGGCACUGCAUCCUCAGGCAAGAGCUAUGGUGUUGGGGAGAGGCAGGGGCCCCCAGCAGUGGGCAGGCCUGGGCCUGGAGGGAGGGUACUCGGGCCCCCUGAGCGUGCUGGGAGCCGCCCUGCUGCUCCUUUGCCUGCCACGGGGGGCCCAGAGCAUGGCUGGUGCCAACCUCGGCACUGCUCUGGGCCGCACGGUACCUCUGGCAGGGGCCCGCUACCUGAGCAUUGGGGAUGGCUCUGUGGUGGAAUUUGAGUUCCCUGAGGAAAGCGAGGGCAUCAUUGUGAUUUCAAGCCAGUAUCCGGGCCAGGCCAAUGGGACCGGGACCAGCCCCACCCUAAAGGUCACAUCCCUGGACACAGAGGUGCUGACUAUCAAGAACGUGAGUGCCAUCGCAUGGGGCGGCGGGGGCGGCUUUGUGGUGAGCAUCCACUCAGGCCUGGCCGGGCUGGCACCACUCCGCAUCCAGCUUGUGGAUGCUCACGAGGCCCCGCCCAUGCUGAUUGAGGAGCGGAUGGAUUUCUGCAUCAAGGUCUCGCCCGCGGAAGACUCCCCGACUGCGCUCACCACCGAGCUGGCCCACUUCUCGGAGAACCCGAUCCUCUACCUGCUCUUGCCGCUCAUCUUCGUCAACAAGUGUUCAUUUGGGUGCAAAGUGGAACUCAAGGUCCUCAAGGGGCUCCUGCAGAGCCCCCAGCCCAUGCUACUGGGCCUCCUGGGCCAGUUUCUGGUCAUGCCCUUCUAUGCCUUCCUGAUGGCCAAAGUCUUCAUGCUGCCCAAGGCCCUGGCUCUGGGCCUCAUCAUUACCUGCUCAUCACCCGGCGGUGGGGGCAGCUACCUCUUCAGCCUUCUUCUCGGAGGCGACAUCACACUGGCCAUCUCCAUGACCUUCAUUUCAACGGUGGCCGCCACUGGGUUCCUGCCACUGUCCUCGGCCAUCUAUAGCCGCCUGCUCAGCAUCCAUGAAACACUGCAUGUGCCAGUCUCCAAGAUCCUGGGCACCCUGCUGUUCAUUGCCAUCCCCAUAGCCACAGGCGUGGUGAUCAAGUCCAAGCUGCCGAAGUUCUCCCAGCUGCUGCUGCAGGUCAUCAAGCCCUUCAGCUUUGUGCUGCUGCUGGGCGGCCUCUUUCUGGCCUACCGCAUGGGGGUCUUCAUCCUGGCAGGAGUCAGGCUACCCAUUGUCCUGGUGGGCCUCACCGUGCCCCUGGUUGGCCUCUUGGUAGGCUACUGCCUGGCCAGCUGCCUGAGGCUGCCAGUAGCACAGAGGCGGACAGUCAGCCUUGAGGUCGGGGUGCAGAACAGCCUUCUGGCCUUGGCCAUGCUGCAGCUGUCCCUCCGCCGCCUCCAGGCAGACUACGCUUCCCAGGCCCCCUUCAUUGUGGCGCUGAGUGGGACCUCUGAGAUUCUGGCCCUGGUCAUCGGCCACUUCAUCUAUAGCAGCCUGUUUCCAGUCGCAUGAGACCACUGCCUCGCUCCCCACCCACGAUCGCCAGGUUCCUGUGUACCAAAGGCCUUUAGUUCUCAUGUACUGUGCACUCAGACCAAUCCAGGCUUAUUUUUUUUUACUGGUUUUUUAUUCUUCAGCUUUCAGUGCCAAAGAGGCCAUACUGAGUUAAGUAGGUGGGCAGUGCCCAGAAAAUAUAUUUCAAUAAAAGAAAGGUGCAA